UUUUCUUCUUCUUUUUUCUAAUCCAGGUUGAGACGUGGAUGCGGGGGUACGAGCCCCGCUCCCCUCUCGCGCCGGAUGCAGCCUCCAGCUCCUCCUCUGAUGCAUCGUUUGCAUCAGUAGUACUUUGGAACACUUGUCCGCGCGCUGCUGCGCCUCUCUCCACAGUGCACUCCGCGGACUCCACGUCGCCAGGUGAUGCCGGACGGACGCCCGAGAGUGAACAUGGUACGUUUCUAACACGCCCGGAGUCAGGAUUUAACGUAGAAUGGAGACGCGCCUCGGUCGAUGUCUUUUUAUCAUUUUCUACGAGUGGAUCUGGCUCUUCAGCCUAACUUCCAUCCUGGGCGGAACAAAGGCGGAGGUGAGGUGCAUUCCCUCGUGCCAGCCGCCUCUCGUCACGGCAUUUCCCCGGGAACUCUCGGCGUUGGAUCCGGCCAAUUUUGGCGAGGCACCUGCCAACGAGGAGGUCGUUGGAUUUAACGAAGAGUCCCCGGGCGCCACAGGCACCGCCGGUGGGGAUGGAAAGCACAACGUUGCGGAACUGACCCCGGGCGAAGAAAGUUCCAAAGUACCGCCACGGUCAUGGGGAAAUAAAACAAGUUGCCCCCAGAAGGACGCGUCAUGCGAGCAACACAAACUUUCCCACUCGGAAGGGUUUUCUCGCGCGUCGGUGCCUGUUCCUCAGGACGCAACCGAAAAUAGCACCGGCCGUGCAGGGCGCUUUUAUGCAGCGCGCGGGGAGCAGGUCGACGUGGCCGCAGAAGAGGACAAGGAUGUGGUCAGUCGGAGACGGACGCGUAGGAGCGCAGAGACCUGGUCCGGUUUCAGACCCGAGGGCGAGGACGAGGCUUCGUUUUCGGACCAGGAGGAGUUCCGGCUCAUAAGUUCGACGUUUGCCCUCAGCGGGGACACGGCGCAUAACCAGGCGAUGGUGCACUGGUCCGGGCAGAACAGCAGCGUGAUCCUCAUGUUGACGAAAUUCUAUGACUUCAACUCCGGCAGAGUAACAGAGAGUUCUUUGUGGAGGUCAACUGAUUACGGGACCACGUAUGAGAAACUUAAUGAGAAAGUCGGGCCAAAAACCAUACUGAGCUACUUGUACGUGAGUCCCAACAACAAGAGGAAGAUCAUGUUGCUGACUGACCCGGAGGUGGAGAGCAGCCUGCUCAUUAGCCUUGACGAGGGGGCGUCCUAUCAGAAACACAGCUUGGCCUUUGAUAUCCUCAGCCUGCUCUUUCACCCCGAGCAGGAGGACUGGAUCCUGGCUUACAGCCACGACCAAAAGCUCUAUGUCUCUGUUGAGUUCGGGAGGAAAUGGCAGCUUGUGCAAGACGGCAUCGUCCCCAACAGAUUCUACUGGUCCAGACUGGGUUUAGAUAAAGAGCAAGGAAUGAUUCACCUGGAGAUCAGCGUCUCUGAAGGACGGUCACAGUACAUAACUUGCAAACUUCAGAAUUGCUCUGAUGGAAACAAGGGCAAGCCUUUCCCUGGAUUUAUCAUCCCCGAUUCCCUGGUGGUUCAGGAUGAGUACGUUUUCAUCCAGGUGCCAAUAGGUGGCCAGUCUGUCCAUUACGUGUCCUAUAAAAGAAAUACCUUCUACCCAAUGAAGCUUCCUAAGUACACGCUGCCAAAGGACUUGCAGAUUAUCAGCACAGACGAUAGCCAGGUGGUGGCAGCGAUUCAGGACUGGCACCAGAAUGACUCGUACAACCUGUACAUGUCUGAAUCCAGAGGGCUGCUCUUCACCCUGAUGCUGGAGAACGUCGUGAGCAGCGGAGGGCCCGAGGGCAACAUCAUGAUAGACCUGUACGAGGUUGCUGGGAUUAAGGGGGUGUUCCUGUCAAAUAAAGUUGUUGAGAACCAAGUGAAAACUUAUAUCACAUACAACAAGGGGAGAGACUGGCAUCUUCUUCGGGCUCCAACAAGCGAUCUCCAGGGAAACAAGGUCUAUUGUGAGCAACCGUUCUGUUCGUUACAUCUGCACCUUCAUGUGUCGGAGAAUCCUUACACCUCAGGAAACAUCGUCAGCAAAGACUCGGCUCCGGGAAUUAUAAUAGCAUCAGGUGUGGUUGGACCUGAGCUGACCAGUACUAAUGUCAGUAUCUUCAUCACAUCUGAUGCUGGAAACACCUGGAUAGAGGUUUUUCAGGAGGAGUACAGUGUGUUUUUCCUGAACCAAGGAGGAUCUCUGGUGGCCAUCCGACACACACCUCUGCCAAUUAGACACAUUUGGCUGAGUUUUGAUGAGGGCAGAAACUGGGACAAAUAUAGCUUCACCACCUCGCCGCUCUAUGUCGACGGGGUGCUGGGGGAGCCUGGAGAGGACACCCUCAUAAUGACAAUAUUUGGUCAUUUCAGUCAUCGGUCCGAGUGGCAACUCCUCAAAAUUGACUUCAGGUCCAUUUUUCAACAACGAUGCACAUCUGAAGAUUAUCUGACAUGGCAGUUGCACAGCGAGGGGGAAGUGUGCAUCAUGGGAAUGAAGAGAAUCUUCCAAAAACUGAAAGCAAAUGCUCGAUGUGUCAAGGCCAGAGAUCAGUAUAUCCCCCAGAUGUCAGACUCUUGCGCGUGCACGGAGGCAGAUUUUGAGUGCGACUAUGGAUUUGAGAGGCAGAUUGAUGGGAGCUGCACUUCGGCUUUCUGGUUCGUUCCUUCAGCAACAUCUCGGGACUGCGCCGCGGGGGACAGCUUCCUCAACACCACCGGAUAUCGCAGGGCCUUGUCUAACAACUGCACAGAAGGAACUCUUCUGAAGUUCAGCCCCAGGCGACAGAAGUGUCCCGGUCAGGCCCCCAGGGGCCUCCAGCUCUUCACCGCGGAGGGAACACUGGUGGCAACGCUGGGGAAGAAUGUCACCUUCUUGGUCUUUCUCGAAGAGGGUCUUGGCUCCACAACGAGUAUAACGGUGGACUUUGGCGACGGGACCACCAUGUCGUACGUGAACAUAAGCUCCAUCGGCGACGGGGUCAAGCACGUCUACAGCAAAGUUGGCAUCUACCAGGUUUCUGCUACAGCGAGAAACACGCUGGGCCGUGACAGGGUGAUACUCUACCUCCACAUCUCCUGUCAACUUGAACAGGUCCAGCUCUCGGCUCCUUCAGUGGUCGUCAGGAACAAAGAGGUUAAUCUCACCACUGUGUUGCGCCCCAGCAGCGUGGGAACAGUUAUCUAUUACUGGUGGUUUGAUAACAAAACAGAGCCUGUUGUAACCCUGGAUGGAGCGAUUUCCUUAACUUUCCCAAAGGAGGGAAGUUACACUGUCAUUGUUCAGGCUUCAGUUGGCAAUACUGUCCACCAGGACCGGAUGACUGUGGCAGUUUACGAUUAUUUCCGGUCACAUGUUUUGGCCUUUUCGUCUAAUUUGGACGAGCUGAACCCGGGGGUGUCUGAGUGGAGGGAGGACAUCUGCAGAGUGGUGAAGAGCUCCACGGUUCAGGUCACAGGAAUCAGUGCAGAUCAGCUCCUGGUCACGGUGCUUCCAGGUUUACCAACCACGGCGGAGAUUUUCAUCCUGCCGGAGAAGAGGUCAAGAGACGGAGCCACGGAUGAGAAGUGGGCGCACCUGGAUCAGCUUUCUCAGGUUCUGCUAAGUGCUCUGAACCAGGACCUCAUCCAGUUCACGCUCAGACCCGGGGUGCAGGUGAAUGUGUACGCCACGCGGCUGUCUCCGGCACCUCUCGUGGACAGCAGUGACAGCGGCCACAGCAGCACUGCAGUCAUCUUGCUCGUUUCAGUCGUGCUGAUGGGAUUGGCCGUCUUUUUGAUAUAUACUUUUAAAAGGAAGUUUCCAGGCAUCAACACUUACACAGCGGAGCAGCCUGACAAAGAACAAGAGGUCAUCCCCACAGUGACCUCCAUAGCCGUCCCAGAGCCUGAGGGGGACACGCUGACUUCACUGGAUCACGUGGAUGUUCAGCUGGACACAAAAAGUAGAGGCUACCUGCCAUCUCACGCAGACAUCAAGCUCGCUGAUGAAGCGCCCCAUGUGUUUUAAUGUUGAGAGUCUAUGACCGACUCAAAAGCAAUACAUCUUCUUUGGCAGUUACUUCCAGCAAGCUAUGAAACCACGGUCACAAUGAAUGGUCUCGAGUGUUUUGCUACCCAUGCAUGGAUGGACCAGUUCACACUGUGCUGCCUAAUCCCUCCGAGGAGACUGUACAGAUUUAUACUCGCUUCUCGGAGAAAUGGGACCCUUUUUGACUGAAAAUACUUGUAUUUUUGCAAGGACAUUGAUCUUUUUAUGUAAAUAACAACAUCCACAAUGGAAGAGGUAAAUGUUAUUUGUCCCAGCUGCGUUACAGCUGCGUCUGCUGCAAAUAUGGAAAUAUCAAACGGCGGAACAGAACUGAUGUGUAAUAACAUUUCAAAACAAAAAAAAAAAAUGCUUUCAUUCCUGCUCUGUGGGCUUGUGGGUGUUUGUGAAGUUUACUUUGUUUAACUGUGUGGAAGUAUCUUUUCGGGGUUAAGACAGUGAGGGAAGCAGAUUCAUUAAGCUCUGCACUAUCAGUUAAUCUUAUCACCAGAUUCUCAUCAAAUGAAAGCUUGCAAUAUCCAGGAGAUGAAGAGGAGGCCUCUAGUCCCAGAUCUGUGUUUUCUGUCUCUUUGCUUUGCCAAAUGUUAUAUGUCAUAACAAAAAUAAGAAGAGAAGGUGAAAGUGGAUAUACCAGGUAGGUGCAUACAGUAGAUGAGGAACUGAGCAAUCCCUCUUGUUUAGGAGACUAAAGUCAUUUAAGUGACACCGGAGCAAAUGCUGGAAUCAUACAUAUUAAACCUACUUUUUUAAAACAGAUUAUACACAAAUCUUCUAAUCUAGAUCAUGCACACGGAUUAUUUUCGCAGCAGCAAUCUCGUAUUUGAUUUGAUUAACAGACAAACAAAGCCGCGACUUUCAAACUUGCGCUUCGCAUUAAUUUGUUGCCGCGAGCGUUUCUUGUACAUUCUAGUUUCUAGAAGGAGAACAGUGUUUAUUAUUCGGAAUAAUUCCUGUGUUGAAGGAGACGCCGCAAACACUUACUGUACUGCAGCAACAAAGUGGCACAGUUGUGUUUUAAUUAGUCAUUAGUUUAGUUUCAUCCGCUGCUAGAUUUAGCGACUGCUGAAUGGGCACAGUUCCAAACGCUCGGAUGUUUCUGUUGCGUUUCUGUGAACUGAUUUCAUUGUCAAGGUCGUGGUGCCUUCUCAAAGGUAAAGUGCAACGCAGGCAACUACACCAGGUUUGAAUGGAAACGUCUGUCUUUUUCCUUGAUGAAAUGUACAGUUAAAAUGGCUUUUCUUUUUUUCCCCUCACCGUUCAUAUUAACCAUGAUGAUACCGACAUCUGAACAUGGCAUAUCCUCCGUUUACAGUCAAUCAGAGGAGCCUGCAGUCGGUUCUGGCUUUGCCCCCCCCCCCCCCGAGGACUCGGCAGACAAAAGGCUGCAGAUUUGUUCAUCUCCUUCGCUGUGAGCGACACAGAUACAGAAAGACGUAUCUCCUGUCAAUAAGGCUCAGCCUACACACAGAGCUUUGGUCAGCCUCUGUCUCUUCGGGAUAAGUACUGAAGUUUUUUCUUCGUCAAACUUUUCUUUUUAAGUGUUCUCAGCAUCAUAUGUCAGGAAGACGUAUUGACUAGAGGUUCCUCCAUACUUCCUUCCAUUCCGCCAUUUGAGCCCGAAGCAUAAAUAAACUUGUGCUCACGAUCAGAUGAACUCUCGUCUCCCCCGCACCGCUCAUCGGAAGAGUUUUAUUUUGUGCUUGAUAUUUAUUCAACUGAACUCUUUCUGUUGUCCCACUAAUCAACCUGUGAAUAUGAUUGUGAGCAUAUUUGCAUGAUGUUUUUUUUUCCUAUUUCAAGGGACUAUUUAAAUAUGUCUUGACUAGGAGAAAAUGAAAUGUUAGAAAUGUGAUCUGCAGUACUUUCCACUUCUCAAGAGGCGAGACAACUCAUUCAUUACAAGUAACGUGAUUAAUCAGUGGGGAUGUUUCUGUGUUCUUCAUCUGAACUUACAAAAGUAACCAUGGUUGCGGAAUAAAGCAGAAACACAGAAUUGAUGCAGCAUGGCUGGUUGGUACAUUUCUAAAAGCAUGAACAGCUUAUUUUUGCCGUCUUCGAUCAGUUAAUAUCCAUGUUGUUGACUGCAGCUUUUAGUGGAUCAAUAGACUUUG